CUUAUCAACACGUUGCCAGGGACGUUCGUCGUCGUUUCUAACAUCGUCGCAACCGGUACGAGUUCGGCGCUUUUGCCGCUUGAUGGCGGUUUCCUAUCUUGGUUUGAUAUAUAUCUCUUACAUAACGUUGACGUUGGACGCUCCACCCGGGACUCUCGUUAACUUUGUACUCACUUGAAUUUGAAUUCAAAUUUCGACUUAACUCAGGGACUCUUCGUUUUAACGCACACGUUCUAUGAGAAAUCACUAGAAAGACGUGUUCAAGCCUUACAUCCAUGAGCGCCGCGGUCCCCGCUGACCGACGUUCCUGGCAAGACCCAAGACUGAAAUAACGAAGACCUUGAUGGAGGGAGAACAUUGUGUGCAGAGGCUGCGGGGUCUAUAGUAUCGAUAACUUCUCGGACGGUUACUCAGCUCCAGUGUAUUUUGAUAGUAAGUGGAUGAAGGCACGAACGAAGCGCAUACAUCCUUGAUUGCUGUAGUGCACUGCUAAUGAAUGACGACUAAUCUCAGAACAUUAGCUUAGUUUCGGUCACAAGUAAUAACAUAGGAACUGGGCUCGUCACAGUGUUUCGAGUACACGUGCAAUUCGGGAUCGCAUUUUCACUGAGGACGAGGCGUACGAAUGAUGGACGUUCUAGCGGCACGACUAGCAUUGUUCCAGUGUCUGGUGACACUAAUGUGGAUUGAGACUGGGUUCUGGAUAUCGUAGACCAACUUUCAACGACAACACUGGACAUGGUUUUCUUCUCUCCUGAAUUACAGCUUCAGUUGAUAGGCUAAGCGCUCUUAUGUAGCCUUAGCAUGUCUAGUCAAUCAUCGCUGCAUGUCAUCCUGACUUAAUCAAUUCUGAGAUGCUGUACCGUUUGGUUUUGUUCCGAGCUACUGUAUUCAUCCUUUGACGUGAUACGUCAUAGGAAGGAGCAAUGAAGGUAGUGGUCACUACGUCUCCAAUGGCGAGCGGAUGGUAAAAGAUCCGACGUGUAGUUAAGCCAGAAUAUUGUUCAUCGAGAGUUUGCUAAAUUCUGGUCUCUUUUGUCGAGCAACCCGAACCUUAGGGAUAUCAUUGCUAUUGGUUGUAGUGCAGUGGUUCAUAACGCUCAAUACUAUUAGAACUAUAUAGAAUCCGUUUUGUGUGUACACCUAAAGAACACUGAUUCAGACAAGGAAAAAACAAACGCAGUUUUGUACUGCAUAUCGAUACCAGAGACUACAUCUAGAUUUCUGAUUGAAGGUGUCCCUGAAGCCAUUCAUUUUUCCCUUCAGCUAGGAGACACUGAAAAAGACGCUGAACUCCUGAUACUCCUUGCAAUGCAUGGGCAUGCUUGUGGUGGAUGGCUGAGCAAGACUGUCAUAUCUAUAUCACAGAGCUACCCUUUCUUGGCCAAAAUCUCACCUACCCCAUGAAUGUUCUAAAGCGGUGCCAUAACAAUUUAGCCUUCCAAGGUUACAGCAGUCAGAAGACCGAUCCAAUAUCCAGCCCAAACGCCCUCUUCACGGAGAUAACCUCUCGAGGCCGAUAUCACGCCUGUCCCACCGCUUUUUACACGUUCUGAAGCUUUGGGUGCUACAACGCUUACCCCUCCAAGGUCGGAGGAUGCUGGAAGAAUUAUCCAUCAGCAAAACUUAAUACCUCUGGAUUUUCUACUUGACUUGCUUCUUGUAGAUUAGUUAACUUACUGCGCAAUCUAUCAGCGUAUUGAGGAGCAUUGAUGUCAAGGAAAACGUACCAGAAGCUUGUCCGGUGGAACGAUUUUCCAUCAUCGACCUUCGGACAGAGUUGGUGAUAACCGUUGACCCAAUUGUUCUCACGGGGUUGCUUUAGGACUCUACUGAAAUUUUUUCCCCAAUUCUUGAUUGGCCUUGCACUCUUCUUGAAAAUAGACUAUGGAGUCCGAUUCUGAUUGACUGUGAGUCAAAAAACGGGCAGCAUAUAGACCAGGUCAAACCAAUCAACUGUAGUCAGUUUAUAGAGCCUUGACUGCAUGAUGAGCGUAUGUCAGCGGCGAAUCUGGUUUUGUUUGGGGUGCAUCUACCUGAUAUAGAUAGUGGGAAAGGAAUAUAUAGAUAUGUGGCUAUCACUGUCCGCAACUUGGCAAUCUAUAAUGUUCAAGUCUUGAUAGUAGACCAGAACUGUAGGAUGUCUAGUAUUGACAGAAAGGGAAUCAAGUGCUGCGAUCGACCAGAACGAACCUUAAUCACAUUUGGCUGGCUUGUCUUGGUUUGUCCCUUGUGCGGGAAGAUCGUUGAAUUGCAGCCAUGGCUAGCAUGUAUGCAACUUGCAUGAGUUUGUCCGCAUGCAGAGCUACUUUCACUCCAAGUUCAGAGAAAAUUUGGACUUAGUGAUGAAUGUUACCGGACGAACUAUUCAGAGGGUGCAUUUGUUUCUGACUUCCUAAUUUGGUGCAAGAAUUGUAGCCAUCCCUUCCCUGUGAUGCUUGUUGCAAUUGGCUCUUAUGUGACGGAUACUCAGCAAAAGUUGUUUAGUCCCCAUUGUAAAAAUAAAAGUACGCCAAAUCAGGGAUACUUUUAUCCCAGGGCAUGCCUACCUCACUCUACUGUAUUGCAUUCACAUAACUGUCCGCAACUUGCAACGGUGUUUAAACCUGGUCAACUCAAAUACCGUACUAAACAAAUGAAAUCCAUCGUUUGAAACCUUGGAGUACUGUAACAGCCUUGUCAUACGCAGUAUGUGCUAUGUCUCUCUCUUCGAUGUAACACAACUGAUAUGAGCGUGUGAAAGUUUGAGGGAAUGGGAAAGAAUGUUUCCGCUGUCACUACGGUACCAAGGUGACUUGAGAUCUUGGUCUGUCUGGGACAAUUCUGUCAUGAGCUAACAGGAUCCUCUACAGUUGCUCGAACUCCCCACAGCUGUCCAUUCUGAUUAUCCAUGGAGGGGGUUUCGUUUUGUUACGAAAAAGGACUUUCAAUCAUGUGACCGCAACUCUUGUAUCGACCUUGUGCACGAAAUUCGGUCUCAUAAUAAAAGCUUUGAAAAAGAGAGCAAUUCCGAACAUGCAAAUACUGUGUGCCACCUUUACUCCAGGUAUGUAAACUAUCAUGUUCAUGUUCAUUGAGGUUGUCAUUUCUUCUCUUUGUCGGGCUACCCACCCUGUAGAGCAGUGCAAGUGGACUUUCUAGUCCAUAAGUUCACUUUUGCUUCGUUCCGUAAGUAUUUGUGUUUGUAUCAAUGUAGAUUU